AUGUUCAGUGCUCAUCGUGCUUUAGCCGUCGAGCAAGAAUUAUCCACAUCAUCUGAACAGGAAUAUAGUAUAACAAGUGUACCAAUGCAAUCAGUUACAUUACCAUGUAAAGCUGUUUUACCUCAUGUAGAACUUGAACGCGUUAUGUGGUAUCAAUUAACAAAUUCUGGUCAAUCAACACUAACUGUUGGCAAACAUUUAAUAACAAAAGAUUCUCGUUUUAGUGUAGCUUAUUAUAGUGUUGAUCAUGGACAUUCACCUGCUAAAUGGGAUUUACAUAUAACUAAUGUACGUUUAUCGGAUGCAGCUCAUUAUCAAUGUCAUGUUGUUGCAAAAGAGAAUCAUAAAUCAAUUCGAUCGAAUGUAAAACUUGUUGUAGAAGAUAUUAUUGUUGAUAUUCAACCAAUUGAUGUUCUUGUUUCUAUUGGUGACAAAACAAAAUUUUCAUGUAAUUUUACUGGAGAACAUCGAGUACGACGUGAAAAAGUAACUUGGCUUAAAGAUAAUACACCAUUGGCACCUGAUGCAACCCGUUUCACAACAUCAAUUGAACUACCUAAUAUAACAGUAACCACUCUAGAAAUAGCUGUUUCUCAUGUAAAUGAUAGCGGUUCAUAUCGUUGUUCAGAUGGUUAUGGUGCACAAAGUAAAGAAGCCAAAUUAUAUUUACGAGAUACAAAUCAACACUUAUUUCUUCGUUCAUUAUCAUCAAAAACUUCUAUUUCAUCAUUAUUAUCAUUUCGAACAGUGUUUUAUUUAUUGAUUUUUCAGCUUUUGCAUUUUAUUCUAUAA